AUGCAGUUUCUGCGGCAGAUGGCACGGAAGAAGAAACAAAAUGAUCGGCAGCGGAUACUGGAAGAUACCGUCCUCGACUUCGAUCCCAAGCAAGGGGGCGAGUACUACACCAGAUUUACCUUCGCCGACCUCACAAAAUUCGAUCUCGACAAGGAGUGUCCAAAACGAGGACUCGCAUUGAUAGGUCCAAACUAUGUUGAGAUUGAUUUGAAGAUUAAGGAUCAUCAAGGGCAGGACAAAGAACUCAGUAAAGGAAAGUUAUCUAUCAAUGGCAUAGAGCGUCGACGGUUGAAGCAAUGUGUGCUUGAAAGUGACUCUCUUGCUACCAGGCUUAGUACUGUGGAUGUGCUGUAUGGAGUUGUGAAAGAUGCAGUGGAGUGUACUAUUACAAUUGAUGUUCUACAAGGAGACUUUAACGGAAAAAUCACUGCCCAGACCACCAGCAUCCUAAAUAGCCUUGUGCUUUUAUGA